GUCUGUACACUGCUAUUAAGCUUACUAAGAUCCUGUGUCACGAUAACCUAGUAGUACAGUAUUUGUGUGGCGGCACACACAUUACUCUUGACGUUAGAACAGACUUGCGACAGAUUGAAGGUGGGUUUGUUGUACGGCCAUGGUUCUUCAAUCGUUGUGGAGAGUGAAUGGGAGAGUGCAUAUUGCAUUCUCUAUAUACACGUUUGAUGAGAGCAACGAGUGGCGUUGGGAGUGGGAUGCCACCACAUCAAUGUUGAAGUUGCCGUUGCCAAGGGCAUAGUGGGACGCACCGUCACAACUUGAAGUGUCAUUGGCUGAAGAUUGAAUCGCACGAAUCAGGUUGGAAUCUCUUCCCCACUCACAACGCAAGUGGUCGGUCCAAGGCAACGUGCAAUUGUACAAAAGCCAACAGGAAUGAACCUCACGGCCACACAGCUCGGCGCCAUUCCGCCGCCUUGCCACCACAAACUUCGCAUUGAUUUCCUCGUCUCUCCUGACACGACUUCGUCCUCACAGCCACCCCGAACUUCGUCUCGUUCUUCUGGCUCCACUGCCAACGGCGGCCGUAAGAGCAAGCCCAGCGGAGCUUCAUCCUUGCCAAAGCGCACCGCCCUUCGAUCUGGGGGGUGGACAGAGGCUGAGAUGGAGUACACCCUUCGCCUCUCAGCCGACUUCAAGGAUGGCCUGGUGUCAGAUGCCGCCACUGGCAUUCUUCUUCGACAAUACCUCAGCCUCAAGCUCAACUGCUCACCGAUGCGGCUCAGUAAAAAGUUCGAUAAGUCAUCGGGGAUUCUUGGCAUGCAUCGGUAUGACCCGACGGCAUCUGUGCUCUCAGGCCUCACACCUGAAAUGCGACGCUUGCGUAAGAAGGAACUCAAGCAACUGGAGGAUGCGUUCCACAAGAACAGCAGCGAGGUCAAAGCCGAUGUGAUGCAAGCCGAGGUCCGCAGUAUGAAGCGAAGGCGACUGCAUAGACAUCCCCAGGAACCGCCCACUCCUUGCGCCAUGAUGGCGCCAUUGGAUUUGCUCGUUGCGCUGGCGUGCCAUGCUGCGUAAACGCGCGCGCUGUGGACUUUAUGUGAUGUUUUAGUAGUGUUUUACUGUAUCGACUACGUAAAUAAUGUGAAUGUGUUGUGGAAACGGUGGUGGGUUGACCACUUCAGC